UGACAGCACUGACCCAUCAGCUGUUGUUCUAGUAUUCAGUAAUAUACGGACGGGGACGGGAAAGCGUCGUUUGGUUAGUUAGCAUGGCUCAAUUCGAAAAGGAAAUCGUUCAGGCGGUACUCAUAGCCGACAACAAUGUAUGGAACUUCAAGCCGCUAUCCGACGAAGGCUCAACGGCCUUGCUGCCUUUGGUCAACGUGAGCAUGCUGGACUAUGCAUUGAUAGCGCUGAAUCGCAGCGGAGUCGAGGAGGUCUUCGUCUAUGCAAGCCUUUACCUGCAGGAAAUACGCGACCACAUCAAGAAAGGGAUUGCCACGUAUGCCUCCUGGUCCUUCAAAAUGACUGUGCACAUGAUUGGGGGUGAGGGAUGCCGGUGUUUCGGCGACGCCAUGCGAGAUCUCGACGCCAAGGCCCUGAUUCGGGGAAAUUUCAUCCUCAUGGGUGCCGAUACCGUCACCAAUGCGGACCUACGGCCAGUUCUGGAGCAGCACAAGCGGAUGGCAAAGUUCGACAAGGGCACAGCCGCCACUCUGGUGUUGAAGGAAUGCGCCAUCAACGUCCGCACCGGCAACGAGCUGCUCAUUGCUGUCGAUAAGCAAAACUCACGCCUCCACUACCACCAGCGGCUUCGGAUGAACCACAAGGAGCCGCGCUACCAAAUUCCCCUUGACGUAUUCCUUGGCAACUCCUGCGUAGCACUGCACCACAAUCUCCUGGAUCCGCAAAUCGCGAUCGGCUCGCCCUCGAUGCUGUCGCUAUUCAGCGACAACUUUGACUUCCAAACACGCGAUGAUUUCGUGCGCGGCCUGCUCAUCAACGAGGAGUUGCUGGACAGCCGCAUCUACGUAGCCCUGCUGCCAGCCGCCCAGUACGCGCACAAAGUGAACAACUGGCCCGCGUACCAACUGGUAAGCCGGGACAUCAUCAACCGCUGGGCAUAUCCGCUUGUUCCCGACAUGGGCGUCUACAAGCUUCACCAGCAGUACGUUUUCCACAAGGACAACAUCUACAAGAGUCACGAGGCGCACGUGUCCAAAGUGGCGCUGCGUGAGAAUGUGGUGAUCCAUGCGGGCAGCCACGUGGAGGCCGGCACUGUAAUCAGGGACACCGUCAUUGGGGAAAACUGCCGCAUUGGCAGGCAUUGCCAGCUAAGCAACGUGUUCUUAAUGGCCAACGUGACAAUUCAGGACAAUUGCCGGUUAGAGCACUGCGUAGUUGGAGACAGGGCCGUCAUCGAAGCCGAAUGCGACGUCAGCGCUGGCUGCGUCGUGGGCGCCAAUUGCGUGUUGCCAAGAAAAACGAAGCUGGCCAGGACCUUGGUCACCAGUACACCAAACACACAGCGCAAGACGGAGCAGGAGCAGGAACAGGACUACGAGCCAGUGGAACUAGAGGCGAUUGGACCGCAGGCGUACAUCGUCAGCGACCUUACCACGGGGGAUCCGGAGGACUCGGAUGGUGAGGAGCUGCUGCCCCAGCAGACGCUCUGCAUACCCAAAAUGGGUGACCUGAUGGUGCCACUGGACGACAUCAGCAACUGCAGCGACUUCAGCGACAUCAGCGACGACGAUGAGGGAUCGCGAGCUGUCACGCCCCUGCCCGACGACACCAACAUUUUCCUCAGCGAGGUGAUCGAUUCGCUGUCACGUGGCUUCAGGGAGCGGUCGAAUCCGGACUUCCUCAUAUUGGAGAUCAACUCCUCGAGGUACGCCUAUAACAUGUCCCUCAAGGAGGUUAACUUCAAUGUAGUAAAGGCCGUGUUUGGCAUGCAGCACAUUGUCGAGCCAGCCAAUAACAAUGUGCUGGCGGCCAUCGGCGCCGCCUUCAAGCAGCUGGGACCCGUGGUCUCCAACUACAUCAAGAGCGAGGAAGCCAUGCUGGACUGCUUGAAAGCGCUGGAGGACGUGUACGAGGAGAAUCCAUUCGUGCGGGAGAAAAUCUCGCAGAUUGUCCACUACCUGUACGACAAGGACUUUGUGUCGGAGGAUGCCAUCCAGGCGUGGUACUGCCAGCUCGGUGGAGAGGAGCAUUUCCAGCUGCGCCAGAGCCUCGUCAAGCUGGUCGACUGGCUGAACCAGUCCAGCGAAGAGGAUGACAACGACGAGGCAUAGGCUGAGGAUGAUCAGUGAAUAAAACAAACCCUUUGCCACUUA